AUGGACGACUUGCGGGUGUGGUGGAUACGCGACCGCGUGUACAAGGCCUUCGGCCUCAGCGACCCCUAUUACUUCGAGGAGCUGCUGUCCCGCGGCGACGGCGAGGCCGAGGACCUCAUCCUGCACUUCCUCAACCAGACCAGCGAGGAGGACGCAGCCGCCACGCUCUUCUUCUACCGCACGGUGGUGCCCGAGGAGGUGGAGGUGGAGAUGGACAAAGACUUCUCUGUCCCAUCAGAAGAGGGAGAGGAGGAUGAAGAAAGAGAGUCCGUGGAAAGAGCAUCAGUAAAGAAUGUGCAGCUAAGAAAAGAGUCCGUUCCUCAAUCUUUCGUCACAUCCGAGGAGGGAGACACAGACAGAGACAUUAUGGAAAAGCUGCCCAUCAAACCCAUGAUGCACUCCCUGUCUCUGUACGUGAUGCACUCCCUGUCUCUGUACGUGCACCUGUUUAUGAGAUGCCAGACAGAGGCAAUCUCGGAGGCCAGCGACAAGAAGGAGGCCAUGGAAAACAUGCCGGAGACGCUCGAGUAUGGCAUGAUAAAUACCAACAUUCUGCAUCUUCUCAGGGAUGUCAUGGGCCAGGUUUUCUUGCCGGCCUUGUCCUUCAAUCAGCACAAGAUGGAUACAAGCGUGGGGUUGGCAGAUGGCCCGGACAUUUCUGAGAAUGACAUGGGCGUGGACCUGCCCAGCAUGUCUGGGGAGCCGGUGGAGUAUCACAGCGUCCAGCUAAUUAGGGAUGAGUUUCUGAUGAACAUUCAGAAAUUUAUAAAUAAUAUCCAAAGGACCAUGCAGCAACUUGAAGGCGAGAUCAAGUUGGAAAUGCCCAGCAUCAGUCUGGAGGGAGAUGUGACUGAACUGGCCGCUGACCAUGAAAUUGUGGAUGUCUUGGAGCAAUGUGUGAUCAAUUGGCUGAAUCAGAUCUCCUCGGCCGUGGAGGAGCAGCUGAGGAAGUCGCCUCAGGGUAACGGCCCCUUGGCCGAAAUUGACUUCUGGAGGGAGAGGAACGCCACUCUCAGCGCACUCUACGAGCAAACGAAGCUCCCUGUGGUCAAGAAGGUCUUGGAUGUGAUCAAGGAGUCUGAAUCCCUGCUGGUGGCCAACCUGCCACCGGUCCUGACGGAGAUGUUCAAGUUCCACAUGGAGGCCGCGGACAACGUGCGCUUCCUCUCCACCGUGGAGCGCCACUUCAAGAACCUCACCCACGGCUCCGGCUUCCAAGUGGUCCUGGAGACGACCCCGUCGAUGAUGAGCGCCCUGCGCAUGGUGUGGAUCAUCUCAAGGCACUACAACAGAGACGAGCGGAUGGUCCCGCUCAUGGAGCGCAUCGCCUGGGAGAUCGCCGAGCGCGUCUGCCGAGUCAUCAACCUGCGCACCCUGUUCAAAGAAAACCGAGCCGCGGCACAACAUAAAACCCUGGAGGCUAAAAACACCCUGACUCUGUGGAAAAAGUCCUAUUUUGAUGUGCGUGCCAAGAUCGAGGCUUCGGGGAGAGAAGCCAGAUGGGAGUUUGACCGGAAGCGGCUGUUUGAGAGAACAGAUUACAUGGCCACCAUCUGCCAGGACCUCUAUGAUAUUCUGCAGGUAAUAGAGGAAUUUUACAACAUUUUCGGUCCAGAGCUGAAGGCUGUGACCGGGGAUCCCAAGCGUAUCGACGACGUCUUGUGCCGGGUGGACAGCCUGGUCAGCCCCAUGGAGACCCUGACCUUCGAUCCCUUCAGCAUCAAGUCCUCCCAGUACUGGAAAUAUGUCAUGGACGACUUCAAGAUCGAAGUUCUGGUCAUCGAGAAAGAAGCGAAAAGUUUCAUUGACGAGUCUUUCAAGACACUGCGCUCCGCGGAAGCCGCCUUCGACAUGCUUUUAAAAUUUAAGCACAUCCGCUCCCGGGAGGCUAUUAACCGACAGAUGAUGAUGAAAUUCAAUGACAUUCUCGACCAGUACUGCAAAGAGAUCGACAUCGUCAACAGACUCUUCCUUCAGAACCUGGACAACCCGCCGCUGUACAAGAACCACCCCCCUGUGGCAGGCGCCAUUUACUGGGAACGGUCGCUGUUCUACCGGAUCAAGCACACCAUCCUGAGGUUUCAGGAGGUUGAAGAGAUCCUGGAAGGCGAUCGAGGAAGAGAAGUGAAACAGAAAUAUCUGGAGGUGGGGAAGAGAAUGAAAGAGUACGAGGACCAGAAGUAUGAGCAGUGGAAGGAGUUAACCGAGCAGACGCUGCCCACGCUGAUGAAGAAGAGCCUGCUGACUAAGUCGGUUGCCGUCAAUGAGGAGGGCACCACGUCUGAGCGGGGGACGAUAUUUGUCAUCAACUUUUCACCGGUGCUCAGAGAGAUCAUCAACGAGACCAAGUACAUGGAGCAGCUGGGCUUCGUGGUCCCCGAGUUGGCAAGGAAUGUGGCUCUGCAGGAGGACAAGCUCCUCAGGUACACAGACGGGAUACAGCGCAUGCUGGAGCACUACCACCGGCUCCUGGGAACGCUGAAUGACGCCGAGUUCAUGCUUCUCGACGACCAUUCCCAGGAAUUACUCCGUGUGUUCCGAUCCGGAUAUAAGCGGUUGAACUGGAAUUCCCUAGGGAUUUCCGACUACAUAGUUCGGUGCAAGCAGGCCAUUGGGAAAUUCGAGUCCCUCGUCCACCAGAUCCACAAGAACUCGGAUGACAUCACGUCCAGGCUCACGCUGAUAGAGUCCAUCAACCUCUUCAAGUACCCGAUACCUAAGAACCAGGAGGAGCUCCCAGGCGUGAAAGAAUUCUUUGAGCAUAUUGAGCGAGAGAGGACCAAAGAUCUGGACCACAUGGUCAGGUGGUACCUUGCCAUUGGGCCUCUGCUCACCAAAGCAGAGGGUCUGGUCAUCCACACCAACACGGGCAAGUCCCCCAAGUUGGCCUCCUACUACAAAUACUGGGAAGGGAAAAUUUACGAAGUCCUGACAAAGCUCAUAAUAAAGAAUCUGCAGUCUUUCAAUGCUCUAAUCCUGGGGACUGUCCCCUUGUUCCAAACGGAAACCAUCCUGAGUGCUCCCGAGAUCAUCCUCCAUCCCAAUGCCAAUGAGAUCGACAAGCUAUGCGUCAAUUGUGCCAGAAACUGUGUGGAGGUCACCAAGCAUUUCGUUCGGUGGAUGGAUGGCAGCUGUAUCGAAUGCCCUCCUCAGAAAGGAGAAGAGGAGGAACUGGUGGUAAUAAGCUUCUUCAGCGAUAUCUCUCUGAACCCCCAGAUCAUCGACCAAGCUGUUAUGAUCCCCCAAAAUAUCCACAGAAUUCUCAUCAAUCUCAUGAAGUAUCUGCAAAAAUGGAAGCGCUACCGGCCCCUCUGGAAACUGGACAAAGCCAUCGUGAUGGAGAAAUUUGCCGCCAGGAAGCCGCCCUGUGCAGCUUACGACGAGAAGCUGCAGUUCUAUUCCAAGAUUGCCUCCGAGGUCAUGCGGCACCCGCUGGUGAAGGACGAGCACUGCAUCCGGCUCCAGCUGGGGCUCCUGGCGCAGACCGUGCAGGAGAACGCCAAGUCCUGGGUGGUUUCUCUGGGGAAGCUUCUCAGCGAGUCAGCGAGGGAGGACCUCCACAGCCUUCAUGAGGAGAUCGAGUCCUUGACCAAAAACCUGAAGAAGAGCCCCAGCACCCUGGAGGAUCUCAAGUUUGUCCUGGCCACCAUUGCGGAGAUUAGAGGCAAAUCUUUAGUCAUGGAGCUAAGGUACAAGGACAUCCAGGAGCGCUACCGAACGCUGGCCAUGUAUGACAUCACUCCGACCGAGGCGGAGAAGGACCUGGCGAGCAAGAUCGAGAGCAUGUGGUCCGCGCUCUUCAGCGACUCCGUGAACGUGGAGCGCGCCCUGGGAGGCAUCAAGCGGACGUUCACAGAGAUCACCCGAAGCGAGAUUUCAAACUACAAGGAGCAGAUACGGGAGUUUGCGAAACGUUUUUAUACUGAAGGACCCGGUUCUGUUGGGGAAGAUCUUGAUCGAGGCAUGGAGCUGUUAGGCAGUUUUGGCAAAGAGCUGACCAAGCACGAGAAGAACCGGCAGGAGCUGGCCAAUGCCGAGAAACUCUUCGACCUCCCCAUUACGAUGUAUCCUGAGCUGCUCCAGGUGCAGAAGGAGAUGAGUGGGCUGAAGAUGAUCUAUGAGCUCUAUGGGGAGCUCAAGGUGGCUAAAGAAGAGUGGUCUCAGACCCUGUGGAUCAACCUCAACAUUCAGUUUCUCCAGGAAGGGGUUGAUUCUUUUCUCAAGAAUCUCAGGAAGUUCCCCAGGCAGGUCCGCAGCCUCUCCGUGGCCUACUACUUGGAAGCAAAAAUGAAGGCUUUCAAAGACUCGAUUCCUUUACUUCUGGACCUGAAGCAUGAAGCACUGCGAGAAAGGCACUGGAAAGAGCUGAUGGAGAAGACGGGCGUGUUCUUUGAAAUGACGGAGACCUUCACUUUGGAAAACAUGUUCGCGAUGGAGCUGCACAAGCAUGCCGACGUCCUCAACGAGAUCGUCACGGCCGCCAUCAAGGAGAUCGCCAUCGAGAAGGCUGUGAAGGAAAUCCUGGACACGUGGGAAAACAUGAAGUUCACGGUGAUGAAGUAUUAUAAAGGCACCCAGGAGCGGGGCUACAUCUUGGGGUCUGUUGAUGACGUUAUUCAGUGCCUUGAUGACAACACCGUCAACCUGCAAAGCAUCUCCGGAAGCAGAUUUGUGGGCCCUUUUCUGCAGACUGUCCACAAGUGGGAGAAAACCCUCUCUCUCAUCGGGGAAGUCAUUGAGAUCAUGGCGGACACUUUGAAAGACCCCGUGAUCAAGAAGUGCUGCGAAGCCCAGAACCGCCUCAGCGAGCUGCAGAGCCUCAGCGAGGGCCUGGAGAAGUGCCAGAAGAGUCUGAACGACUACCUGGAUUCCAAGCGCAACGCCUUCCCCCGGUUCUUCUUCAUCUCCGACGACGAGCUGCUCAGCAUCCUGGGCAACAGCGACCCGCUCUGCGUGCAGGAGCACAUGAUAAAGAUGUAUGACAACAUCGCGUCCCUGAAGUUCAACGACGGAGACAGCGGGGAGAAGCUUGUGUCGGCCAUGGUCUCAGCAGAGGGAGAAGUCAUGGAGUUCCGUAAGAUCAUCCGGGCCGAGGGGCGCGUGGAGGACUGGAUGACCGCCGUCCUGAACGAAAUGAGAAGAACCAACCGGCUCAUAACGAAAGAGGCCAUCUUCCGAUACUGUGAAGACAGGGUCAGCCCAAUCAGCGAGCAUUGUUUUGCAUUUGACCUACAACAGGCACUGUCCAUGUAUCUGGGGGGAGCUCCUGCUGGCCCAGCAGGUACUGGCAAAACCGAGACCACCAAGGACCUCGCCAAAGCCUUGGGCUUGCUGUGUGUGGUAACCAACUGCGGUGAAGGCAUGGAUUACAAAGCAGUUGGGAAGAUCUUCUCAGGCCUGGCCCAGUGCGGGGCGUGGGGCUGCUUUGACGAGUUUAACCGCAUCGACGCCUCUGUGCUGUCCGUGAUCUCGUCCCAGAUCCACACGAUCCGAAAUGCUCUGAUCCACCAGCUAACCACCUUCCAGUUCGAAGGGCAGGAGAUCGCCCUGGACUCGCGCAUGGGCAUCUUCAUCACCAUGAACCCCGGCUACGCCGGCCGCACAGAGCUGCCUGAGUCAGUGAAGGCCCUCUUCCGGCCCGUGGUGGUCAUUGUGCCUGACCUGCAGCAGAUCUGCGAGAUCAUGCUCUUCUCCGAGGGCUUCCUGGGUGCCAAGACUCUGGCCAAGAAGAUGACUGUCCUGUACAAGCUGGCCCGCGAACAGCUCUCCAAACAGCACCAUUACGACUUUGGGCUCCGGGCCCUCAAGUCGGUGCUGGUGAUGGCCGGCGAGCUGAAGAGGGGCUCCUCGGACCUCCGGGAGGAUGUGGUGCUGAUGAGGGCCCUGCGAGACAUGAACCUGCCCAAGUUUGUCUUCGAAGACGUCCCCCUCUUCCUUGGCUUGAUUUCCGACCUGUUUCCUGGCCUGGACUGCCCGCGUGUCCGCUACCCUGACUUCAAUGACGCCGUGGAGCAGGUGCUGGAGGACAACGGCUACAUCCUCCUCCCCAUCCAGGUGGAUAAAGUGGUCCAGAUGUUUGAGACCAUGAUGACACGCCACACGACCAUGGUGGUGGGGCCCACCGGAGGGGGCAAGUCCGUGGUCAUCAAUGCCUUGUGUCAGGCCCAGACUAAGCUGGGGCUGCUGACCAAGCUGUACAUCCUGAACCCCAAAGCCAUGAGCGUCAUCGAACUCUAUGGCAUCCUGGACCCCACCACCCGGGACUGGACAGACGGGGUGCUGUCCAACAUCUUCCGGGAGAUCAACAAGCCGACGGAUAAGAAGGAGCGGAAGUACAUCCUCUUUGACGGGGACGUGGACGCCCUGUGGGUGGAGAACAUGAACUCGGUGAUGGACGACAACAAGCUCCUGACGCUGGCCAACGGAGAGCGCAUCCGGCUCCAGGCACACUGCGCCCUGCUCUUUGAGGUUGGAGAUUUGCAGUAUGCCUCUCCGGCCACCGUGUCUCGAUGUGGAAUGGUCUACGUGGAUCCUAAAAACUUGAAAUAUGAACCCUACUGGAAAAAAUGGGUUAAUCAAAUGCAAAACAAGACGGAGCAAGGCGAUUUACAGCUUCUCUUUAAUAAAUACGUGCCCUAUCUCAUUGACGUGAUUGUGGAAGGAAUCGUGGAUGGGAGACAAGGAGAGAAGCUGAAGACGAUAGUGCCUCAGACAGACCUAAAUAUGGUCACCCAACUAACCAAGAUGCUGGACUCACUGCUCGAAGGAGAAAUAGAAGACCCUGACCUACUGGAGUGCUUCUUCCUGGAGGCGCUGUACUGCUCCCUGGGGGCCUGCCUGCUGGAGGACGGCAGGGCCAAAUUUGAUGACUGCGUGAAACGCGUGGCGUCACUGUCUACCGUGGACACGGACGGCGUCUGGGCCGGACCCGGGGAAUUACCAGGUCAGCUCCCAACCUUGUACGACUUUCAUUUCGACUCCAAACAGAAGAAAUGGAUCCCAUGGAAUAGGCUGGUUCCAGAGUAUGUGCAUGUUCGCGAGAAGAAAUUUGUGGACAUCCUGGUUCAUACAGUGGAUACCAUCCGUACAAGCUGGAUGCUGCAGCAAAUGGUUAAAAUAAAGCAGCCCGUUCUCUUGGUGGGCGAAUCUGGCACGUCUAAGACAGCCACCACCCAGAACUUCCUCAAAAAUCUCAACGAAGAGCUGAACAUCGUGCUGAUCGUCAACUUCUCGUCCCGCACCACGUCCCUGGAUAUCCAAAGAAACCUGGAAGCCAGCGUGGAGAAACGGACCAAAGACACGUAUGGCCCACCCAUGGGAAAGCGCCUCCUGGUGUUCAUGGAUGACCUGAACAUGCCCAAGACAUUUCAUGAGAGCAUCAUCGCCAUGAGUGACAAGCUGACCUUCUGCACUUUGAAGCUCUAUAAGAACAUCGUUCAGGAACUGCCGCCCACCCCUUCCAAGUUCCAUUACAUCUUUAACCUUCGAGACCUCUCUCGGGUUUACAACGGUCUCGUCCUCACUAACCCGGGGCGGUUCCAGACGGUUCCCCAGAUGGUAAGGGUCUGGAGAAAUGAGUGUCUGAGGGUCUUCCACGACCGGUUAAUCAACGAAACCGACAAGCAGCUGGUUCAAGAGCACAUAGGACACUUGGUUGAAGAGAAUUUCAGCGAGGACCUGGAGAUGGUGAUGAGGGACCCCAUCCUGUUUGGGGACUUCCGGAUGGCCCUGCAUGAAGAGGAAGCGAGAGUCUACGAGGACAUCCAGGACUAUGAGGCGGCCAAGGCUCUGUUCCAGGAAAUUCUUGAAGAGUACAAUGAGAGCAACACCAAGAUGAACUUGGUCCUCUUUGAUGACGCCCUGGAGCACUUGACCCGCGUGCACCGGAUUAUACGGAUGGACCGAGGCCAUGCUCUGUUGGUUGGGGUCGGGGGCUCGGGGAAGCAGUCCCUUGCCAGAUUGGCUGCUUUCACAGCCGGCUAUGAGGUGUUCGAGAUCCUUCUGAGCCGAGGCUACUCUGAGAACACCUUCCGGGAAGAUCUGAAGAACCUGUACAUGAAGCUCGGGAUUGAGAACAAGACGAUGAUCUUCCUGUUCACAGAUGCCCACGUGGCAGAGGAGGGCUUCCUGGAGCUCAUCAACAACAUGCUGACGUCAGGGAUCGUGCCAGCGCUUUUCCCGGAAGAGGAGAAGGAUUCCAUCCUGAGUCAGCUCAACCAAGAGGCCGUGAAGCACGGCACGGGGCCGGCCAAGGAGUCCGUGUGGCAGUACUUCGUGAACAAGAGCGCCAACAACCUGCACAUCGUCCUUGGCAUGUCGCCAGUCGGGGACACCCUGAGGAACCGGUGCCGAAACUUCCCAGGCCUGGUCAAUAAUACUGGCAUCGACUGGUUCAUGCCCUGGCCUCCGCAAGCCCUGCACGCUGUCGCCAAGUCAUUCCUGGGAGACAACCAGAUGAUCCCAGGGGAGCACAGCGAGGAGCUGGUCAGGCACGUGGUCCUGGUGCACGAGUCCGUGGGGGAAUUCAGCAAACAGUUUCUGCAGAAACUCAGGCGCAGCAACUACGUUACUCCCAAGAACUACUUGGAUUUCAUUAACACGUACUCAAGACUGCUGGACGAGAAAACGCAGUAUAACAUAGCUCAGUGCAAACGCCUGGAGGGCGGGCUGGACAAGCUGAAGGAGGCCACCAUCCAGCUGGACGAGCUGAACCGGAAGCUGGCCGAGCAGAAGGUGGUGCUGGCCGAGAAGUCGGCGGCCUGCGAGGCCCUGCUGCAGGAGAUUGCCACCAACACGGCCAUCGCGGAGGAGAAGAAGAAGCUGGCAGAGGAGAAGGCCAUCGAGAUUGAGGAGCAGAACAAGAUCAUCGCCGUAGAGAAGGCCGAGGCGGAGACGGCACUGGCCGAGGUCAUGCCCAUCCUGGAGGCGGCCAAGCUGGAGCUGCAGAAGCUGGACAAGUCCGACGUGACAGAGAUCAGGUCCUUCGCGAAGCCACCGAAGCAGGUACAGACGGUCUGUGAGUGCAUCCUCAUCAUGAAAGGGUACAAGGAGCUCAACUGGAAGACGGCCAAGGGCAUGAUGUCGGACCCCAACUUCCUGCGGUCCCUGAUGGAGAUCGACUUCGACUCCAUCAGCCAGGGCCAGGUGAAGAACAUCCGAAGUCUCCUGAAGACGCUCAACACCACCAUCGAAGAGAUGGAAGCUGUGAGCAAGGCAGGCUUGGGGAUGCUGAAAUUCGUGGAGGCCGUCAUGGGCUACUGCGACGUUUUCCGAGAGAUCAAGCCCAAAAGAGAAAAGGUGGCCAGACUGGAACGGAACUUCUUCCUCACGAAACGGGAGCUGGAAAGGAUCCAGAAUGAGCUAGCCACGCUCCAGAGAGAACUGGAAGCUCUGGGGGCCAAAUACGAGGCGGCCAUACUGGAGAGACAAAAGCUGCAGGAGGAAGCGGAGAUCAUGGAGAGACGGCUGAUCGCGGCCGACAAGCUCAUCUCGGGUCUCGGGUCAGAAAACAUCAGGUGGCUGAGCGACCUGGACGAGCUGAUGCACCGGCGGGUGAAGUUGCUGGGAGACUGCCUGCUGUGUGCCGCGUUCCUGAGCUACGAGGGGGCCUUCACGUGGGAGUUCCGGGACGAGAUGGUCAACCAAGUCUGGCAGAAUGACAUCCAGGAGCGGGGCAUCCCCUUGAGCCAACCCUUCCGACUGGAGAGCCUGCUCACGGACGACGUUGAGAUUAGCAGGUGGGGCUCCCAGGGGCUGCCGCCUGACGAGCUCUCGGUCCAGAACGGCAUCCUGACCACCAGGGCCAGCCGCUUCCCCCUGUGCAUCGACCCCCAGCAGCAGGCCCUCAACUGGAUCAAGAGGAAAGAGGAGAAGAACAACCUGAGGGUUGCCUCUUUCAACGACCCCGACUUCCUGAAGCAGCUGGAAAUGUCCAUCAAGUACGGCACGCCUUUCCUGUUCCACGACGUGGAUGAGUACAUCGACCCUGUCAUUGACAACGUCCUGGAGAAGAACAUAAAAGUCGCCCAGGGUCGGCAGUUUAUCAUACUGGGAGACAAGGAAGUGGACUACGACUCCAAUUUCAGACUGUAUCUCAACACCAAGCUGGCCAAUCCGCGGUACAGCCCCUCCGUGUUUGGGAAAGCCAUGGUGAUCAACUACACUGGUAAGCACACUCGGGACCUCAGUACAAUGAAGGUGUCGGAGAAGCUCAAGCUGGCGGAAAAGACGGCCCUGGACAUCGACAGGCUUAGAGACGGCUACCGGCCGGCCGCCAGGAGGGGCGCAAUCCUCUUUUUCGUCCUGUCCGAGAUGGCCCUGGUCAACUCCAUGUACCAGUACUCCCUGAUCGCCUUCCUCGAGGUCUUCGGGCUGUCGCUGAAGAAGUCCUUGCCAGACUCCAUCCUCAUGAAGCGGCUAAGGAACAUCAUGGACACACUGACCUUCAACAUCUACAACUACGGGUGCACAGGGUUGUUCGAGAGGCACAAGCUACUCUUCUCGUUCAACAUGACCAUUAAGAUCGAGCAAGCCGAAGGGCGAGUGCCUCAAGAGGAAUUGGAUUUCUUCCUGAAAGGAAACAUCUCCCUGGAGAAAAGCAGACGCAAGAAGCCCUGUGCCUGGCUGUCCGAUCAAGGCUGGGAAGACAUCAUCCUCCUGUCAGAGAUGUUUUCACAAGACUUCGGGAGGCUUCCUGACGACGUGGAGAGCCACCACGCUGUGUGGCAGGAUUGGUAUGACCUGGAUUCGCUGGAGCAAUUCCCCUUCCCCUUGGGUUACGACAAAAACAUCAACUCGUUCCAGAAGUUGCUUAUUCUGCGCUGUUUCCGUGUGGACCGGGUCUACCGGGCGGUGACCGACUAUGUGACUGUCACCAUGGGAGAGAAGUACGUGCAGCCCCCCAUGAUCAGCUUCGAGAGCAUUUUUGAGCAGAGCACCCCCAACUCGCCCAUCGUGUUCAUCCUGAGCCCUGGCUCCGAUCCUGCCAGCGACCUGAUGAAGCUGGCCGAGCGGACUGGUUUCGGAGGGAACCGCCUCAAAUUCCUGGCCAUGGGUCAAGGUCAGGAGAAGGUGGCGCUGCAGCUGCUAGAGACGGCUGUGGCCCGAGGGCAGUGGCUGAUGCUGCAGAACUGUCACCUCUUAGUCAAGUGGCUCAAGGACCUGGAGAAGGCGCUGGAGAAGGUCACCAAGCCCCACCCGGACUUCCGCCUGUGGCUGACCACCGACCCCACCAAGGGCUUCCCCAUCGGGAUCCUGCAGAAGUCUUUAAAGGUGGUCACAGAGCCACCCAAUGGGCUGAAGCUCAACCUGAGAGCAACGUACUUCAAGAUCACCCACGAGAUGCUGGAGCAGUGCCCCCACCCGGCCUACAAGUCCCUGGUCUACGUGCUGGCCUUCUUCCAUGCGGUGGUGCAGGAACGAAGGAAGUUUGGGAAGAUCGGAUGGAAUGUCUCCUACGAUUUCAACGAGUCUGACUUCCAGGUCUGCAUGGAGAUUCUGAAUACAUACCUAACCAAAGCCUUCCAGCAAAAAGACCCCCGGAUCCCGUGGGGCAGCCUCAAGUACCUAAUUGGAGAGGUCAUGUACGGAGGCCGGGCCAUCGACAGCUUCGACCGCCGCAUCCUCACCAUCUACAUGGACGAGUACUUGGGGGAUUUCAUUUUCGAUACUUUCCAGCCAUUCCACUUCUUCCACAACAAGGAAGUGGACUAUAAUAUCCCCCCGGGUGACGUCAAGGACAAAUACGUGGAGGCCAUCGAGGCGCUCCCUCUCGCCAACACGCCGGAAGUGUUUGGGCUGCACCCCAAUGCGGAGAUUGGCUACUACACGCAGGCGGCUCGGGACAUGUGGGCGCAUCUGCUGGAGCUGCAGCCACAGACGGGGGAAUCUAGCAGUGGCAUCAGCCGCGAGGAUUACAUUGGCCAGGUGGCCAAGGACAUCGAGAACAAGAUGCCCAAGGUCUUUGACCUGGAUCAGGUCCGGAAGCACCUGGGCAUAGGGAUCUCACCCACCUCGGUGGUGCUCCUGCAGGAGUUGGAGCGCUUCAACAAGCUGGUGGUACGCAUGAGCAGGUCUUUGGCCGAGCUGCAGAAGGCCUUGGCCGGCGAAGUGGGAAUGAGCAGUGAGUUAGAUGAUGUCGCCAAGUCGCUUUUUAUUGGGAAUAUCCCUAACAUCUGGAGGAAGCUGGCCCCUGACACCCUGAAGAGCCUUGGGAACUGGAUGGUCUACUUCCUGCACCGGUUCAUGCAGUACACAUCGUGGGUCACGGAGGGCGAGCCUGGUGUGAUGUGGCUGUCGGGCCUGCACAUCCCGGAGUCCUACCUGACCGCGCUGGUGCAGGCCACCUGCCGGAAAAACCGCUGGCCACUGGACCGUUCCACCUUGUUCACUCAGGUGACCAAGUUCCGAGAUACAGAGGAAGUGAACGAGCGGGCAGGACAAGGCUGCUUUGUGUCAGGCCUGUAUCUCGAAGGUGCCGACUGGGACAUAGAGAAGGGCUGUCUGGUCAAGAGCAAACCCAAGGUGCUGGUGGUCGAUCUGCCCAUUCUGAAGAUCAUCCCCAUCGAGGCUCACCGCCUUAAACUGCAGAACACCUUCCGGACGCCCGUCUACACCACGUCCCUGAGGAGGAACGCCAUGGGCGUGGGCCUGGUGUUCGAAGCUGACCUCUUCACCACACGGCACAUCUCCCACUGGGUGCUUCAGGGCGUGUGCCUCACCCUCAACUCUGACUAGGCUUGUAGGAGAGAGCGAGGGGCUGGAGGGACGGAUGAGGAACGACCGUCUCUCGGGUCUGUGGCCCAGCAGUACGUGUGGACACAGGUGGGGCUGACACCCACUACUCUUCUCAGGCAGGAGCCUGAACGGUUUUGUGGGUUUGAAUUAGAUUUUCUCAGAGGAUUCUGUGUGUUCACAAAGUAAAUGCCGUAGAGCAUGGUA